UGAACACAGUUCAGUUGCAGUUCCACUGUGCUGUUAAGCAGGAGAGAGUUUCAGCUUCAGACAAGAAGGGGGUUACGGAUCAAACCAGUUCAUGAGCUGGGAUAUCAUUUGGCGCGAUUGCCAUCAAGUGUGUAUAGAAGAAUGGGAAAUCGAAAUAGAAACGCAAAAUGGUGUUCCUUGCUCCUGUGGAUGAUCUACUUAUGGCUCUUAACUGAAGCAAAGAAGGCGGUAAAAUGUCCUGCAGGAUGCACUUGCUCGAAGGACAAUGCUUUGUGUGAAAAUAGAAAAUCUAUUCCCCGCAGUUUUCCCUCUGGUGUGGUCUCCUUAUCAUUUGUGAAGUCUGGAUUCAGUGAAAUCCCAGAAGGCAGCUUCUUACUCAUGCCGUCUCUGCAGCUGCUCCUGUUCACUUCCAACUCAUUUGAUACUGUUGGUGAUGAUGCCUUCCUUGGUCUCUCUCAGCUUGAGUAUUUGUUUGUAGAAAACAAUAAAAUCCAGUCCAUCUCCAGGUAUGCUUUUAGAGGACUUAAAUCUCUUAUUCACCUAAGCUUGGCAAAUAACAACCUUCAAACACUUCCAAAGGAUGUAUUCAAAGGGCUGGAUGCUUUGACUAACGUAGAUCUUAGAGGGAAUUCUUUUCACUGUGACUGCAAACUGAAGUGGCUGGUGGAAUGGUUAAGCAGCACAAAUGCAACGGUUGAUCAGAUCUACUGUGCCAGUCCGGUGGAGUAUCAGGGUCGUAAAAUUAAUAACCUUUCACUGAAGGAAUUUGACUGCAUAACAACAGAGUUUGCUGUGGAUCAAAUUUUACAAUUUCAGUCUCUUUCGAUAGAAGCCUUUACCUUCAUGAAUGAUGCCAAUGUCGUCAUUGCACAGCCUGCUGUGGGAAAGUGUAGCUUUUUUGAAUGGGAUCACGUGGAGAUGGUUUUCAGAAACUAUGACAACAUUAUUGGGAGCUCCACUGUGUUCUGCAAGCCACUGAUUAUUGAUGACCAACUAUUUAUUAUUAUGGCCCAGUUAUUUGGUGGCUCUCACAUCUAUAAGAGGGAUAGUUUUGCCAACAAGUUCAUCAAGAUGCAAGAUGUAGACAACAUUAAAAUCAGGAAACCGAAUGACAUUGAGACAUUCAAAAUAGAAGGAGAAUGGUACUUUGUUAUAGCAGACACAUCAAAGGCUGGAUCAACGACAGUGUAUAAGUGGAAUGGAAAUGGAUUCUACUCUCAUCAAAGUCUGCAUUCAUGGUUCAGAGACACUGAUGUGGAGUACCUUGAAAUAGCUAAUAAGCCACACUUAAUCUUGUCAAGUAGCUCCCAGCGUCCUGUCAUAUUCCAGUGGAACAAAAACCAGAAGCAGUUUGUGUGGCGCACAGAUAUUCCAGAGAUGGAGGACGUGUAUGCAGUGAAACAUUUUGUAGUCAAGGAUGAUCUCUACAUUUGCCUUACCAGGUUCAUAGGAGACUCCAAGCUGAUGAAAUGGGAAGCCUCCAGAUUUGUGGAAAAGCAGACCUUUCCGUCUCGUGGUGCCAUGGUUUUUCAGCCUCUCCAAAUAAAUGGCUGGCAGUAUGCCAUUCUUGGCAGUGAUUACUCCUUCACCCAAGUCUACCGCUGGGAAACCAAGAAAAACAAAUUUGUGAAAUUCCAGGAACUUAACAUACAAGCUCCACGGUCAUUUACAUUUGUGUUGACAGACAAUCGUGAGUUCAUGUUCAGUUCAAGUUUCAAAGGAAACACACUAAUAUAUAAACAUGUCACUAUUGACUUAAGCACAAUAUGAAAAAACACAAAUAUAUUUAAAGAUUAUUAAAAUGACAUCUUAAAGUUUGUUUUGGGUAAUAAUAUGUACAUGAACAUGAUGAUGCAUGAUUUCUCAUUGUUCUGCGAUGAAUGCCAUCAGGUUCUGGUUUCCUAGGAAAGAUAUUUCUAUUCCAUGUUCACUUUCCCCAUUUUGAUCAUAUUAGACAUAGUGGUUUCUGAACUCUAUGAUAUGGUAAGCAAUUAACUGCUGUAUUUUGCUGACACAAGCUGUAAAUAUUAAUCAUAUCUGUUCUUACAACAAAUAUUGAGAUGUACAUUCUCAUUUAUUUAUUCUACUGAAUGAACAAUCUGCCAAAUAAAACCUUUACAUUUUUGUGCUGUUUUUAAUGAAAUUUAUUUUCAACAAUUAAUUCCUUAAAGAAUAUUCUUUUUAUA